AUGAACGCGCCAGCCCCUAAGCUGGACUUGGGGUCCAAACGCGCGCUCGGCGCUACAGGCUUUGAUGAGGACCCUCGUGGAGACUGCUCCCGGCGGCGCACAGGUUUCUCCGACGCUCCGACUGUCUCUGAGCAGGGGUUGACGAGACCGUCAAACUUUUCCUACGAUGGCAACGCUGCAGCCGUCUCGGGGUUCUCCGCCGCUCCAGGGGCCCCGGCCGGGGCCUCUGUGCCCGUGGGUUUCUGGGGCCCGAAUGGCGAAGUGCCUGAAGGCAUCAACCCGUACACUGGCGCGCCCUACUCGCAGAGGUAUCACAAGAUCCUGGAGGGCAGGAAGAAGCUCCCGGCCUGGAACGCCAAGAAGAACUUCUUGAAGCUUGUCAAGCGCAACCGCACAGUCAUUCUCGUUGGAGAAACCGGUAGUGGUAAAACCACCCAGAUGACGCAGUUCCUCAUCGAAGCUGGAUUCCAUGAAGGCAAAUGCGUCGCAUGCACGCAGCCGAGGCGAGUCGCUGCCAUGAGUGUCGCACAGCGUGUCGCGGACGAAAUGGAUGUCGAACUGGGGAAGGAGGUAGGGUAUACGAUUCGUUUCGAAGACAAGAGUUCUCCGCAGACGAUUUUGAAGUACAUGACCGACGGUAUGCUUCUGCGCGAAGCCAUGGCAGAUCCGCUCUUGGAGCGCUACAGCGUGGUGGUGCUUGAUGAAGCGCACGAGCGUACAUUGGCGACGGACGUGUUGUUUGGCCUUUUGAAAGAAGUAUGCAAAAACCGCCCGACGCUCAAGAUGGUUGUGAUGAGUGCGACGCUGGACGCGCGCAAGUUUCAGCAGUACUUUGACGACGCGCCGAUUCUCAACGUGCCGGGACGCAUGCAUCCUGUCGAGAUCUUUUACACUCCGCAGCCGGAGAAGGACUACUUGGAGGCGUGCAUCAGGACGGCGAUUCAGAUCCACAUUUCGGAGCCGCCUGGCGACAUGUUGAUCUUCUUGACCGGAGAGGAGGAGAUUGAGCAGACGAAGCGCGAGCUCGAGAAGCUGGCGCAGAGACACUCCGACGCGGGUGAACUGAUGGUCGUUCCUCUUUACUCGUCGCUGCCACCGGCGAUGCAGCAGCGCAUCUUCGAGCCGGCGCCAGGACCCAAGUACGAGGGCGGCAAGCCUGGGCGGAAGUGCGUGGUGAGCACCAACAUCGCAGAGACCUCUAUCACCAUCGACGGCAUCGUCUACGUCAUCGACCCGGGAUUCUCGAAGCAAAAAGUAUACAAUCCGCGCGCGCGUGUGGAGUCGCUUCUUGUCUCCCCUAUCUCCAAGGCCAGCGCACAGCAGCGCGCAGGACGUGCCGGACGAACGCGGCCAGGCAAGUGCUUUCGGCUCUACACCGAGAAAGCCUUUGAACAGGAGCUAGUCGACCAGACCUACCCCGAGAUCCUCCGAAGCAACUUAGGCAGCGUCGUCAUCACACUCAAGAAACUCGGAAUCGACGAUCUCGUCCACUUCGAUUUCAUGGACCCCCCCGCCCCCGAAACCCUCAUGAGAGCUCUGGAACAGCUGAACUACUUGGGGGCGCUGGACGACGAAGGCGAGCUUUCCCAGGAGGGAGAGUCGAUGGCUGAGUUUCCUCUAGAUCCCCAGCUGGCGAAGGCGCUCGUUGACAGCGCCAAGUAUGAAUGCAGUAAAGAGAUGCUGUCGAUUGCCGCCAUGCUUUCGGUUCCCCUGACGUUUCUCCGGCCGAAGGAUCGAAGCCGCGAAGCGGACGCGGCCAAGGCGCGGUUUUCUCACCUAGACGGCGACCACCUGACGCUGCUGAACGUCUUCCACGCCUACAUUCAGCACGGGGGCGGCAGCCCCGAUCUCGAGAGGCAGUUCUGUUUUGACAACUUCCUCAAUCCGCGAUCUCUGGCCUCCGCCAAGAACGUCCGCACGCAGCUGCAGCGCACGAUGGAGCGGCUGUCGAUUCCCCUCAACAGCACGCCGUACACGAGCAAGGAGUACUACACCAACAUUCGAAAGGCGUUGGUUGCAGGCUACUUCAUGCAAGUCGCUCACCUGCAGAGGUCUGGGCACUACCUGACUGUGAAAGACAACCAAACUGUUGCGCUGCAUCCCUCCACGGUCCUCGACCACAAACCUGAGUGGGUCAUCUACCACGAGUACGUGCUCACGAGCAAAAACUUCAUUCGAACCAUUACGCAAGUUCGCGGCGACUGGCUGAUCGAGCUCGCGCCGCACUUCUAUAACCCUGACGACUUCCCUGAGUGUGACGCGAAGAAAGUUUUGCGCAAGUUGAUCGAGCGGCAGAAGCGAGACAAGGAAGGCCAGAAACCCGGCGCCCAGACCAACGGAAACGCCGUCAAAGACCCCAAAGCAGCUACUGGGGCAAACCCAGCGUCAAAUGCGUAG